GUGAAACACAAUCGCGUAUCCGAUUUGAUCUUUCCUCUGCUUUCUGUGUAUAAAACCUUAAAGAUGUUAAUACGUAAACGAAGAUACGCUCGAGAUUUCGGCGUCUCCGUAGAUAUGGUGCGUGGUGGCCGAGGUGGUAUGAUAAGAGGAGGACGAGGAGGAAUAGGACGCGGAAUGGGAUUUCCCAGGAAACAAUUUCUUCCUCGUCUUCCAUUUGACUAUACCCUAUGUGAAGCUGCUUUCCCAAGAGUUAAACCUGCGCCGGAUGAAAAUGAUGUUCUAAUGAUCUUUCUGAAGAAAAGUGGAGACAUGUUUCCUACAGCAAAGGAGCAGACAUCCAUUCUAAAUCUUGUGACUAAGCUACAAAGUGUACUUGAUAAUUUAAUCGUUGCUCCAGGCAGCUUCGAAGCUUGUCAACUGGAGGAAGUAAGACAAGUAGGAAGCUUCAAGAAAGGAACAAUGAUCAAGGGUCACAACGUUGCUGAUAUUGUAGUGAUUUUGAAGACACUACCCACCAAAACAGCAGUAGAAAAGCUUGGUACCAAAGUCAAUAAUGACCUGAAGGCAGCACAUCCAAAGGAAGUGUUCAGACUGACUCAAACAGAGCGCGGUUUUGAUAUCGCUAAUAACGAAGCAUCCGUGCGUGUAUUGAUCACCACGUUGCAUCAGAAUCUUCGCAAAUUGGAGUCUGAUCAGCAUCUAGAUGUUAAAAUAUGCCAGGGUCACCUAGCAGCAAUUAGACAUUCCCGUUGGUUCGAAGAAAAUGCUCACCAUUCCAGUAUCAAACUUCUAAUUAGACUACUCAGAGAUUUGAGAAGUAGAUUCGAGGGUCUAGAGCCAUUGUCCCCUUGGAUGUUGGUUUUACUGGCACACAAUGCGAUUAUGAAUAAUCCUAGUCGACAAGCAUUGCCAAUAAAUCAGGCGUACAAGAGGGUACUUCAAUUGCUUGCCUCUGGACUUUUCCUUCCAGGUUCUGCUGGUAUUUCUGAUCCAUGCGAGGGCGGUAAUAUACGAGUACACACGGCCAUGACCUUAGAGCAACAAGAUCAGGUGUGUCUCACGGCUCAAACACUAUUGCGUGUGUUGGCUCAUGGUGGUUGCAGACCUCUUCUCGAAGGUGCCAAUAUACUCGCCGCGGAAAUGAGUGUAUGGGCAGGCGGUGUGGUUGCUAGUCCCUUGGAAAAGGCAUACGAACCUCCAACGGAGCAAGAACAGCAAGAAGACAUGGAUGAAAGCAACGAGGAAAUGAUAACAGAGAGUGCUUAAUCUCUAAUUUAACAUAGCCGUAAUUAUCCCUCGAGAAGUCUUGUUAUGAUACAGACAGGAAUGCAGCACUAUUUUCUACAAUGAUGGUUUAUUCAUAAUCUUCUUAUCUGAUACAAAAGAUAAUGUAUUCAGUAUUGCAUACGAAUUUACUAAUUCACGAACUUUCUAUGAACAGUAAUCUAAUUAGUGCAGAUGCGUUGACUCCGUGUAAUUUUGUGUGGUAUUGUACGUGACGAUUAGAGGCCUGUGUGACAGUCUUAACCAACCUUAUGCCUGGAAUAAAACUCAAAUUAUGUCUAUAUAGAAUUCUUACAGAGUAUACACUACGAGUAUUUCCGACGCCUCGAAUCCAUCCAUGUACAAUAUAAUUGAGUAACUUUCUUGUAAUUUUUGUUAAUAUCUCAUCGUUGUCUGAGAGUAACAAAGUUGUAUCAAGCAGCGUGUACUUGCUUGUCGACAGUGCUGGACACGACGAAUAAUCAAAAUUUUAAAUCA